AUGUUAGCAGUGAAGCUGACCUACGACGGCAACAAGUUUGACAUCCCAGGUGGUCAAACCAAUUGGCAAGAGCCGGCAACAAGAACCGCAGAGCGAGAGACGUGGGAGGAGUCGGGCUAUCCUGUGGAAGUCGGAGAACUCCUUGCAACCGUUCGUGGUGGUUUUCGCAUCUUCAGGUGCAGCCUGAAGCAGCAGAACCCGGGGAAAGGGCCGGACCACGAAGUGUCCAGCGUGCAGUGGAUCAACCCUUGGGAAGUUGACAGCUUUAUGCAGCAGCACUUGUGGAGAUUCCAGGAUGAGCAAGCUCACCUGUAUGCCCAAUGGCUUCGCAACGAUGCCGAGAACAAUAACCAGCAUGUUGAGGAGCACAAGGACGAGCACCAGAAGCCUGACCAGGACGUAAAUCAGGAUCAAGCCAACGGCGGGCAACGCAGGCUCAUCAUGGUGUGA